AUUGAUAAAAAUGGCCUCUCAGUCCCCCACUGCUAGAAUAUAUCUCCUCCUCUAUAACUCCAUUAACGCGCUCCUGUGGCUUCGCAUCCUCAUCACCGUCCUAAGAGCCUACUCCCAAAACCUCGAUGUCAUCUCCCUACCAACCCUCUACACAGUCCUCGAGCCGCAAGUCCGCUGGACACAGACAUUAGCCGUUGCGGAAAUAUUACAUGCUGCGAUCGGCCUAACUCGCUCUCCCGUGUUCACAACAUUCACGCAGAUUUUCGCGCGGAGUGUGCAAGUCUGGGCGAUUAACUACGGCUUUCCGGCUGUGACGGCGUCGUCGCGGGCAUACGCAGCUAUGCUCUUCGCGUGGGCUGUAGCGGACGCAGUGAGGUAUUCCUACUUUGUGGUUUUGUUGGCUGGGCUCCAUGUGCCUUCCGUGUUGAGGUGGUUGAGGUACUCCCUGUUUAUUGUACUGUAUCCGAUUGGAAUUUCUGCCGAGUGGUGGUUGAUGUACCGCGCUGCUGGAGUUACGAGUAGUUCUCUUGUAGCAGGGAUCUUUUACUUCUGUCUUGGGUUGUAUGCACCUGUCUUCUAUCCAGCUGACAAGUCAGGUUCUAUCAUGAUGUAUUCGUACAUGCUUAGGCAGCGGCGGAAGACAUUAGCGAAAUAG